AUGUAUGUUUUUACUACAUGUUCGGAUCCUGAGGAUAAAAAUACGUACCUUUUGCUUGAUUUUUUAUUUUUUUGGGAACUUGCCGGCUUGAUCGUACCAAAUGACGGAAUGUGUCAUCUGAACAGUGAAGGUUAUUAUACACAUGCGGAGAUAUUGGAUUAUCCAAGUGUUGAAGCGAUAAGGCAUAAAGUCAAAGAUAAUUCUAUAAAUGUCAUAUUUGCUGUCACUAAAGAUGUUUUUAAAACAUAUAAGCGGCUAUCCGAUCAUAUUGAGGGAUCUUCCUGUGCAGUUUUGACAACGGAUUCGUCGAAUGUUGUGAAUCUCGUGCGCGAGGAAUAUAAGAAAAUUUCAUCCACUAUACAAAUGCGAGACAAUGCCACCCAUCAUGUUAAGAUUAGCUACUAUUCAGCUUGUGGCAAAGAUGGCCCCGAAAUACCAACAUCGAAAUGUGACAAUGUACGCGUCGGCGAUGAAAUUACAUUUACCCUUCAUAUCGAAUUGAAUUCAUGUCCAUCUGAUCCACGCGAUUGGCGAGAAGUCAUACAAAUCUCUCCGAUCGGUAUAAAUGAAAGCCUGAUCAUUGAUCUCGAAAUGCUUUGCGGUUGUGAGUGCGAGUCUCAAAGGAAAACUCUCAGUGAGCAGUGUAACGCGCGCGGCAGUCUUGUUUGUGGCGUUUGUGAAUGCGAUGAGACGUUUAUUGGUACCAAUUGCCAAUGCCUUAGUGACACUAUGCCGUCGAAGAGUGAAAAUAAUCACUUCUGUCACGAUAAUACGACGCAAGUGGACUGUAGUGGGCGUGGUCUGUGCUCAUGCGGCGUUUGCCAAUGCGAUAAGCGUGCCAAUUCCAAUGAAGUUAUUUCCGGAAAAUAUUGCCAAUGUGACAAUUUCUCUUGUGAACGUCAUGAACAAAAAAUUUGCUCUGGUCCGGAGCACGGCACAUGCGAAUGUGGAAAGUGCGCUUGUAAAACGGGUUGGGCGGGAGCUGCUUGCGAGUGUCAGUUGUCGAAAGAGAGCUGCAGACCAGCUGGUGGCGGCCAGCUUUGUUCCGGCAAAGGAACAUGUGAGUGCGGCAUAUGCAAAUGCCAAUCCACGCCACAGGGUUACUUUUCGGGCCAGUACUGCGAGUUGUGCCCGACAUGUUCCAAUCGUUGCGACAAACUCCAAGAUUGCGUGCAAUGCCAAAUGUACAAAUCGGGAAAGUUUAAGAAUUUGCAGGACUGUUUGGGUAACUGCACGAGUGUGAAGACGACCUCGCUAGAUAACGACGCUAUUGAAAAAUAUGAACUGAUUAAGGGCGAAAAGAAAUGCACCGCCUACGAUGAUGUUAAUAAAUGUAAAUUCACUUUUAUAUUCAAAGAAAUGGACGACGGCACAGAUGAAGUGCGCGCACAAAGAGAGCCUGACUGUUGGUUGAAGGUGGCUAUUUUAAGAAUUUUAUGUGGUGGCGCCGGUGCUAUUUUGGGCAUUGGUUUGGCCACGCUACUUUUGUGGAAACUAAUAACGAGAAUACAGGAUCAUCGCGAAUAUAUGCGCUUCGAGAAGGAAAAGUUGUUGGCCGAAUGGAAAACGAACAAUAAUCCACUCUACAGGCAGGCAACUUCCACUUUCAAAAAUCCAAUGUUCCGUUUUUCAAGAAGAAGUAACUAAGCAUAUAAUAUUCAAAGUAUUAUUUAAAUUUAUAAGUUUACUUUGAAAAAAAAAUAAAGAAAGCUAUUGGA